UUAAUCCCAUUACGUUAAUGAGGCAGAAAACGUUGCCGUUCACUGACUUGGACUUUCGGUCAUUUGUCCUUGUGGUCAAGUAAGUAAGGCGGAAGAAGGAAAACACACACACACACGGGACAAGUCUGACUUCACUUCUGAGGAUGUUGACAGGCCGGAAAUUGUGGACCAUCGUGGCGCGUCACGUGACUCCGCGCACCUCUUACUGUACUGCAGCUAAACCUCAGCAGAAAGCAAAGAAGAUCAAGUUUGGUCCUCUGAGCGAUGAAGACCGAAUCUUCACGAACUUGUACGGGCGACAUGACUGGAGGCUGAAAGGGGCCCUGAGGCGAGGGGACUGGUACAAGACCAAAGAGAUUCUCCUCAAGGGACCCGACUGGAUCAUCGACGAGGUGAAGACGUCCGGGCUUAGGGGGCGAGGUGGGGCGGGCUUCCCCAGCGGCAUGAAGUGGAGCUUCAUGAACAAACCCAGUGAUGGCAGGCCAAAGUACUUGGUGGUGAAUGCCGAUGAGGGUGAGCCGGGCACGUGUAAAGACCGUGAGAUCAUGCGUCACGACCCGCACAAGUUGCUGGAGGGUUGUCUGCUGGCCGGAAGAGCCAUGAGCGCCCGCGCCGCGUACAUCUACAUCAGAGGAGAGUUCUACAACGAGUCGUCCAAUGUGCAGGUGGCCAUCAGGGAGGCCUACCAAGCGGGGCUGAUCGGAAAGGACGCGUGCGGUUCGGGCUACGACUUCGACGUGUUUGUGAUGCGGGGGGCAGGUGCUUACAUAUGCGGAGAAGAGACGGCCCUCAUCGAGUCACUGGAAGGCAAACAAGGAAAGCCGAGACUCAAGCCACCUUUCCCUGCUGACAUCGGGGUGUUUGGGUGCCCGACCACUGUUUCUAACGUGGAGACAGUCGCCGUGGCACCUGCCAUCUGCCGCAGGGGCGGAAGUUGGUUCGCUAGCUUUGGAAGGGAGAGGAACUCUGGAACCAAGUUGUUCAACAUUUCGGGUCACGUGAACACACCGUGCACCGUGGAGGAAGAGAUGUCCAUCCCCCUGAGGGAGCUGAUCGAGAGGCAUGCAGGAGGAGUGAGGGGUGGUUGGGACAAUCUAUUAGGGGUGAUCCCCGGUGGGUCCUCCACUCCCAUCAUCCCUCGGCACGUGUGCGAUGACGUGUUGAUGGAUUUCGACGACCUGGUGCGUGCGGAAAGCGCCCUGGGCACAGCCGCUGUCAUUGUCAUGGAUAAGUCUACCGACGUCAUUCGAGCCAUCGCGCGUUUGAUUGAGUUCUACAAACAUGAGAGCUGCGGCCAGUGCACACCGUGCAGAGAGGGGGUAGACUGGAUGAACGCAAUAAUGUGGAGAUUUGUGAGAGGAGAGGCGGCCGUUUCCGAGAUCGACAUGAUCUGGGAGCUGAGCAAACAGAUCGAAGGGCAUACCAUCUGUGCGCUGGGGGACGGAGCGGCCUGGCCCGUGCAGGGACUCAUACGCCAUUUCCGUCCAGAAAUGGAGGCUCGCAUCGCUCAGUACAACAAGAAAAAUACGCCAAGGCAGACAGUCAUUGAAAUGACCUGAAAACAAGUACAGCAGACCACCACGUACUUGCGUCUUGGCAGUCAUUAAUUCAGACAUUUCUUUUGAAUACUGAAAAAAAAAAGUUCCAUCAAUUACAUAUGGAUUUUUGCUUUUUGUGAGCCGGCUCCGCCCCUAUUCCCGUGAAUUAAGGGCGUCGACUGUAGGCGGAGUGUAAAAGUACAUGUUGCUGGCAGCCGACGGAAACUUUGUACCCUCCAAAUCAUCACU